AUGUUUGUCCCCAAGAUCACCGAUUUUGGGCUGGCAAAGUUAUGCUCCGUAGACAAGGACGCGGUGACGAUGACGGCUGCUAGAGGCACCAUAGGCUAUGUUGCUCCGGAACUCAACUGCAGAAGUAUUGGCCUAGUGUCUCACAAGGCCGAUGUGUAUAGUUUCGGGAUGUUGUUGUUGGAGAUGGCGGGCGUAAACAGAGUGUUGAAGCGAAACAAAGAUGAUUCAACCAAGUAUUUCCCAGAUUGGAUAUAUGAAUGCAUUAACAAAGGCGAGGGGAUAGGAAUUGUUGAAGAAGAGGACAACAAUCUUGAUGAUGAAAAUGGGAUUGGAAAGAGUGUACUUGAGAAGAUGACAAUAGUUGGGUUGUGGUGCAUACAAAUGAAUCCAGAAAAUCGUCCAUCAAUGAACAAAGUGUUGGAGAUGUUGGAAGGUGAUGCUAAUGAUUUAAAGAUUCCAGAGCAUUCGUCUCACUUAGUGAACGAGGACAAGAGUCGGGCUGCAUAUUCAUCUGGUUCUGUAUCACAGUCAAAUUAUGAGAGUGGGAGUAUCAUUGAGAUUAGUAUAGCUUGA